ACAACGCAAAACAACUAUCAACGUCCUCCUUCAUUUCUUACUCUUCCACAAUUCUUAAUCAUUUCCCAGAUUUCAAGAAACCAUAGGGUCCUUUUUAGAGUUUCUAUGAGCUGAGUUUAUCAUGUCCAAAUCCAAGAAGUUUUUUCAGAAUUUAAUGAAGUUCAAUUUUCGUUCUAGUAAACAUGGUCAGAAUGAAGAGGACUUGGAGAAGAUUGCUGCACAGGAACAGAAGAAUUUUUCUUAUGAAACUUUAGUUUCUGCUACAAAAAAUUUUCAUCCUAAUCACAAGCUUGGAGAGGGAGGUUUUGGGCCUGUUUACAAGGGGAAGUUAGAUGACGGUCGAGAGAUAGCAGUUAAGAAACUGUCUCAUAGCUCAAGUCAAGGGAAGAAGGAAUUUGAAAAUGAGGCCAAGUUGCUGGCUCGUGUGCAGCAUCGAAAUAUUGUUAAUCUAUUAGGUUAUUGUGUCCAUGGCACAGAGAAGCUAUUGGUUUAUGAAUAUAUCACGAAUGAGAGUCUCGACAAGUUUCUAUUCAAAUCCAAUAGAAGUCAGGAGCUUGACUGGAAGCGAAGGUUUGACAUUAUCACUGGAGUUGCUCGGGGAUUGCUUUACCUUCACGAAGACUCACACAAACGAAUCAUCCACAGAGAUAUAAAGGCUAGCAACAUAUUACUUGAUGAUAAGUGGACGCCAAAGAUUGCUGAUUUUGGCAUGGCCCGCCUCUUUCCAGAAGAUGAAACACAUGUUAACACCCGUGUAGCCGGUACCAAUGGAUAUAUGGCCCCAGAGUAUGUCAUGCAUGGACAUUUAUCAAUUAAGGCAGACGUGUUUAGCUUUGGGGUCGUAGUUUUGGAGCUAAUCAGUGCACAGAGGAAUUCAAACUUCAAUUUGGAUGCAGAUGCACAAAAUCUACUCGAUUGGGCAUAUAAACUCUACAAGAAAGGCAGGAGCUUGGAUAUCGUCGACCCCAAAUUAGCAGAAUCACAGGCUGCUGACCAAAUAGCUAUGUGCAUACAAAUAGCUUUGCUGUGCACACAAGGUGAUCCCCAAACACGACCGGACAUGCGACGUGUCGUGGUGAUGCUAUCAAAAAAACCAGGACCUGGCAAUCUAGAAGAACCAACAAGGCCAGGAGUACCAGGUUCUAGAUACAGAAGAGCUCGUAGACCAGCAGCAUCGUUGUCGUCAACUGUUGGAACAUCUGGUGGUGAAACUAGAAGUUCUUCCCAUACACGUUCGUAUGAUUCAAGCUAUACCAAUACAGCUUCUGCUUCAACACCUACACAAACGAGAAGCCCCAGAAAAGACCCUCAUGGGAAACGACCGAUGGAGAGCUGGGCUUAACAAUAUAGGAGAUUCUGCUUAUUCUUUUUGUGAAUAUUAUUAGAAUUGUUUGUAUUUUAUUUACUAUUAUGUAAAUGAAAAUGAGGAAAUAUAUAGUUCGGGAAGCUGUAGCCUUGAAACUAAUUGUUUCAGUAAAAUUGUGAUUUAGAUUUAUUUUGUGCAGAA